AGGCUCCGGCGGGCAGAGGGUGACCUUUGAGGCUGGUCCCAGCUGGAGAAAGCCCCCCGGCCGGGCACGGAGGGGUUAAUGCCGGGCUCUCCCCCCCCCGCACAGACCCGGGGGAGCAGCAGCAGCUUAGCCCGGGAUCCCGGAGGCAGCAGCAGCGUCUGGUCUGUGCCAGAGCCCCGCCGCUUGCAGCAGCUCCAGCGUGUGUCGGGGGGCCGGCCCCAGCGGGAGCAGGGCGCGGGCCGGGCACGGGAGGUUAAUGGGUCUCCCCGGCACAGACCCUCCUGCUCCGCCCGGCCCCGCAGCGCCAGGGAGCAGCAGCGGGUGAGCGCUGCCUCUGCGCAUGCGGGACUCUCCCUCCCUCCCGAUCUGCGCAUGCCCAGAGCCGAGAGACACAAAACUCUUCUCCAGCUCCGGGGGAGGCUCCCAGGGCCCCGCACGAGCCGGGCAGAACCGCAGGGUCCCGUUCGUGUUCGCAGCCCAGCUCCUCCUCCCACCCCGAGCCGAACGUCACUUCCGCUCCCUGCAGAGUCAGGAACUACAUCUUUCCGCCUGCUUCGGGGCGUCCUUCCGCCCUCUCCAGCCCAGGCCUUCCAUUCUCCUGUUCAAGAGGCAUCCCCCAGUGCUCCCUCUGCCUAUGUGACUGGCCAGCAGGGGGUGGUGAUAACUUUCUAUCCACUUCUCAGACACUGUGAGGUAACACUGUUGCUCUGGGGGCAAGGGAUGUCUGUGUGGGGAGAUUGCAGCAGAAGGGGCAUUAUGGUAGGGGAAGUGUUUGGGUGACUGGGCAGAGGGUACCCUGAUCAAGUUGGUGGGUUCUGGAAGUUUGGGGGGGUGGUUCUGAUGUGCCCAGCCCUGAGGCUAUGGG